GGGAAGAAUGUCCCUUACAUUGGGGGUCAGUGGGAAGAAUGUCCCUUACAUUGGGGGUCAGUAGGAAGAAUGUCCCUUACAUUGGGGGUCAGUGGGAAGAACGUCCCUUACAUUGGUGAUCAGUGGGAAGAAUGUCCCUUACAUUGGGGUCAGUGGGAAGAAUGUUCCCUUACAUUGGUGGUCAGUGGGAAGAAUGUCCCUUACAUUGGUGGUCAGUGGGAAGAAUGUCCCUUACAUUGGUGGUCAGUGGGAAGAAUGUCCUUACAUUGGUGGUCAGUGGGAAGAAUGUUCCUUACAUUGGUGGUCAGUGGGAAGAAUGUCCCUUACAUUGGGGGUCAGUGGGAAGAAUGCUCCUUACAUUGGGGGUCAGUGGGAAGAAUGUCCCUUACAUUGGGGGUCAGUGAGAAGAAUGUCCCUUACAUUGGGGGUCAGUGGGAAGAAUGUCCCUUACAUUGGUGAUCAGUGAGAAGAAUGUCCCUUACAUUGGAGGUCAGUGGGAA